AUGCGAGUACAGCUACGCAACGCUAUCUACGAGCGCUUCAUCGAUCUUACUCCAACGACCGAGGACGUUGCCAACUUAGAGAGCGAGAAGAAGGAUUCGGACAACUAUGAAGACCUUUGGGCUGGCGAGGAUGACGAAGUAGACUGGGACGAGGAUGAUUCGGAGGGUAGCACAAACAAACGCUUCUUCGCACGCAACAACUUUUCUACUGAUCCCCACACUACCUUCAUAAUCAUUUGCUUCUUGGAUGCGAAUCAAGUGGCGUACUGCAAUUGCGCGACUCCACGAUGGCAACCAAAACUGCGUAACAAGAUUUACGAGCACUUCAUGAACCUUAGACCAUUGACUGGUGAUGCUGCUAGUGUCGCCUGUAUCAACCAGCAAAUUCAUGCCGAGUUCCUAACGCUUUACCUACAUCGAAUGUUCGAAAAUGGAGUUGGGGUUUCAUUUGAACAUGUCCAUGAGUUCCUCCACUCGUUCUUCGUCGCAUAUCCCGAUUCGGCUCCUAAAGACGUCCCCUACAAGUUCGCGGUGGGACUCGGUGCCUCUAAAUCCGACAUCGAAGGCGUAACGCCUGCUUGGUCGCUCGAUUUGCUCAAAGUCGUCUCAGUCAUGCGUCAUUACCCGCUGAUUAACGUUGUAUGGAAGUUGGUUGACGACUGCAAGGAGGCGGCGUUCCAGGAUAUAGAGGUUGCGUACACCGUGGCUGCUCUGAAAGAAAUGAGUGCCAACCGAUUCGAAGUGUUGGAAUCUGCACACCUCUGCCUGUACGACAAUGAGCUCUACAAAACGAUCCCGUUCUCAGAGAUCGAAGUAGAGGCUUGCCUGUCUCUCAUGUUGAAGAAGGGUGCUACUAAGCAAGACGUCAAGAGCCUUGAGGCCUCAAAGUUCCGUUACGGAAGGGGAGGCAUUGAAGUAGAGAUCUAUUGGGAAGGCAAUUCUUGGGGAGCGGUACGCGGGUGGUCUUACCAUGAAUUACUGUGUUCAAGUAAUGAGGAAGAAGGCUCAGAGAGCAGCGAAGAUGACCACGAGAGCGAAGACCAGAUCUUGUGUCUGUAA